AUGUUUUCAUGUUUAGAGAAUUAUCAGAUUUUUCAAGGAUUAGAUGAACUGUUUAUUAUUUUGGGACAAUUAUGGCCAGUGAACAAUAAUGUUCAACGAACGUUAAUGGCCAGUGAACAGUAA